CGACUCGGGCCCGGGAGCCGCGGGAUCUCAGGGAACUGCAUGGCGCGCGCCGGGCGACGCGGGGCGGACUGGGCGCUGGCGCUGGCGCUGGCGCUGCUCGGGCUGGCGGCGACUCUGGGCGCGUCCCCGACGUCGAGGCGCCGCUGGCCGGUGCCCUACAAACGCUUCUCUUUCCGUCCGAAGCCAGAUCCCUACUGUCAGGCUAAGUAUACCUUCUGUCCUACUGGCUCACCCAUCCCCGUGAUGAAGGACAAUGACAUCAUCGAAGUCUUAAGACUACAAACCCCUGUCUGGGAAUUUAAAUAUGGAGACCUUCUGGGACACUUUAAAAUAAUGCAUGAUGCCAUCGGAUUCAGGAGUACACUGACUGGCAAGAACUACACAAUGGAAUGGUAUGAGCUUUUCCAGCUUGGCAACUGUACAUUUCCUCACCUUCGACCUGAAAUGGAUGCUCCAUUCUGGUGUAACCAAGGAGCGGCCUGUUUUUUUGAAGGAAUCGAUGAUAAACACUGGAAGGAAAAUGGGACGUUAACUCUAGUCACGACCGUGUCCGGAAACACAUUUAACAAAGUGGCAGAGUGGGUGAAGCAGGACAAUGAAACAGGUAUUUAUUAUGAGACAUGGACGGUCCAGGCCAGCCCAGGAAAAGGGGUGGAGACAUGGUUUGAAUCCUACGACUGUUCGAAAUUCGUGUUAAGGACGUAUGAGAAAUUGGCUGAAUUUGGAGCAGAAUUCAAGAAGACAGAAACAAACUAUACAAGAAUAUUUCUUUACAGUGGAGAACCUACUUACUUGGGAAAUGAAACAUCUAUUUUUGGACCAAAAGGAAACAAGACUCUUGCUUCAGUCAUACGAAAAUUUUAUGCCCUGUUCAAACCACAUUUGUCAACUAAAGACUUUCUGUUGAGUCUCUUGAAAAUUUUUGAUUCAGUGAUCAUGCACAGAGAGUUCUACCUCUUUUAUAAUUUUGAAUAUUGGUUCCUACCUAUGAAAUUCCCCUUUGUCAAAAUUACGUAUGAGGAAAUCCCUUUACCUACCAGACACACAGGGCUUCCUGACUUGUGACACUUUCCACUCUGUCCACGCGCCCACCCGCCCCUGUUGUCCUCCAGGGAUGUUUUUACAUUUGUAUCUUUAUUCAUUUCCCUCCCCUGGGCAGUAAGGUCAAGUGCUCAUUGUUGGAAGUGCAGUAUACUGACAUCUCCUUUCACGACUCCUGGAGAGAAGCAAAAACCAUUAAUUGUACUGGCCAAAGUGAAUGCAUUGAGAACUUGAUCUUAUUGAGAAUCAGUUGACCUUAGCCAUGGACUUCUUUGGUCCCAUUUUCCUAGGGCUAUCUUUUGUUAUGGUAGUGCUGUUUCUUAGUUCACCGGCUUUUUGGACAUCUAAAGAAUAGAUAUUUUUAUAGCUCUUUUAACUCUGAGGUCUAGGUCUGCUUUCUAGUCACAUACUCUUAAAGAUAUGAUUGGACUCCAUUACUGGAGCAGCGCCUCUGGACAUGGUAAAUACAGUACAAGAGAACAGAAUUUCUGGCUAGCAUUUUAGAAUUGGCUAGCAACUAACUGGCUGUUGUGAUAUCAGCCACUUAACAUCUCUGGAUUUGUGUCCUUGGCUCUAAAAUGACUCAUUGGCGGGGACCGUGAAGAAGGUUGAGGGCACCCAUGUUGGCCUAGGAAGGGCACACUGAAUGCAUCUAUGGCCUCAGAGAACCGUUGAGAUUAAAAGUGCACAGGCUGUUAUGCUUGGUUUUGCCUAAUGUGAUUACAGGCUAUCUGUUCCUGUGUCCUGUCCUGUAAGCACUGAGACUCUGAGCUGACAGCACACGUGCAGCUUCAGUAGUUCUUCAGAAUGGGCCAUGAAGUACUGUAGACAUGGCUGGGUGACAUGUACUUCUGAGUUCUUGUAUGUGCUCUCCGGUUCUAACAAGGCUAGCAGUGGAAGAGGGCACACUUUCCUGGACAGGAUGGGAUUUUGUCAAGGACCUUCAGUUAACUAUGCUUGUACCAGGAGCAUUAAACAGGUUCCCAAGGUCCCGUAUUUAUCAGUUAAACCAUUUUCUCUUUUGUUCUUUUCCCCUAUUCAUAAAAACACACUAGCACAAUAAUGGGAAAAAGUCUGUUUAAUAUGCAAAUGUGCCAUUAUCCACUUUCACCUAAUAUCUGAGUGAUCUUCAGAGGUUAGUACACUACUGUUGAGCUGUCAUAGAAAGCCUCAUCAUAUCUGCUGGCCCAGAUGCAUUGUCAGGGCUUAGCAAGGUCAAGUGACCUGGAAUUGUUUUCACUCAGUUACGCCAAGUGAAUGGAUGCACUGCUUGCUUUUCAGCAGUAUUCAGAUUGUGACCUUUAUACCGGUACCUGUGCAUCAAAGCAUCAAAUGUUACCAGUCUGUUGUUUCUGUCCAGUUUAAUAAAAACGAGGCAAAACCAGG